AUGCUCGCCAUGACGCACUUGGGCUGGACCUCCCUCCUGCAGUUCGUGCUUCUCGCUCCGCAGGCGUUCGCAGAGAGUGCGGGGCCCUCAGUGCCUGCGGUGCCCAUGCUCCGUGGCUCAUCACGCGGCCUUGCUGAGUUGCCGAGUUGCACAGAGAAGCCCAACUUCCACUUGGCCCGUGCUUCGUGGUGUGGAGAGCAGAAGGAGCCCGUGGCGUGCUCCAAGGACUCAGACAGUCCAAAUCCCAUCUGGGAUUGCCACCUCCAGGCCGAUGCAUGGUGCUCCCUGGGCGGCAGCCCUUGUGCCUGGCCCACUGAGGCCGCUGGGGCUCCGGCGAGGGAGGUGUCGGCCGACUGGAAUCAGAACUCUCAGGGUUCCCCCACGCGCUUUGUGACUUGGAAUCUCUACGUCUUUACACUUGCGGGCCGCAUCUAUCCCGUCGUGGAUGAGCUGCUCCGCAUGCAGCCAGAGAUCGCAGCUAUUCCAGAGAUGUGGCACGAGAAGGGUGCCAUCCUUGACCGGCUCAACCAGAUGUCCGGGAACGUGUGGGCGUUUGCCACAGGAGGUGCGACCGAGCAGUUUAAUGAUGCGGACAUCUUGUACAGGUCUGACAAAUGGGAGCACAUUGCCAGCGACCUCGUGCCUUUCUCGGCCGGCCGGGCCAUCAACUGGGCAGCCUUGCGACGCAAGUCCGAUGGCUACUCGCUGAUUGCGUCAGGAACACAUCCACUGUGUUGCCAGGGCGACUACGUCAUUACAGAAGCGGUCGACUUCGUGACGAAGACCCUGGGCGAGGUGCAGAACCGACACCCGUACCCCAUUGUCCUCAUGGGAGACUUAAACACUGGCUACUUCCAGCCUUCGCAGCAGCUUUUGAGACAGGGGCAUGUUGAUGCCUUCGGGCGCCAUUGGCAAAUCCCAAUGACCUUCACAGAUGCAUGGGCCGAGCUUCACCCCGGCAAUCCGGACCCUUCGACGAUCAACGACGACCCGGUGCGACUGGACUACGUCUACUUCCAGAAGACUCCUUUCUCUGUGGGCCAAUCCAUUGUGCAGUCCCAGAUUUGGCCGCGCGCCGCGGGCAGCGACCACCGCGCAGUCUCCGGGGACGUUGUGCUCAGCCGGUAA